AAUAAGGUGUAUUUGUAUGACAAAGUUUUCAAACCCAACGCCACCCAAGAAAAGGUAUACAAUGAAGCAGCUAAAGCUAUUGUUAAAGAUGUCCUUAUGGGCUACAAUGGAACAAUAUUUGCCUAUGGCCAGACAUCUAGUGGAAAAACACACACGAUGGAAGGUGUGCUGGACGACUCAAUCAGGCAAGGGAUAAUUCCACGUAUUGUUAACGACAUAUUUAAUUAUAUCUACUCGAUGGAUGAAAAUGUAGAGUUUCACAUCAAGGUAUCUUACUUUGAAAUUUAUCUCGACAAGAUAAGAGAUCUUUUGGAUGGUAAGUCAUAGUCAAUAGU